AUACAAAUAUGGCGGACACAUGUUUAAAAAAUAAAAAUAUUUACUUUAUUCUGCCUUUAUGCAUGAACAGCCAUGAUUAAAAGGAGAACGAAUUGUGUCAGCAUAUUCUGAUAACUAAAAUUUCCCAAUUUUGGUACAUUUGAAAGCGCAAAAAUUAACCAUGUCAUUUAGAGGCCACAGGAGUUCCGCUGGAUCUUCAGGGACAUCAACUGGACAAGAACGACUACGUCAGAUGUCAGCUCAAGAAAGUCUGAUUGAGCAGAAGAAGCGAGAAAUUGAACAAAAGAUUAUUCAACAGAAAUUGAAAUUACAGGAAGAAGCAUUGAAGAAACUUCAGCCGAAACAGAAGAAAGAUAAGAAAGAUGAAAGGGCAAAAAAGUUUGGAAACAUGUAUAAAUCAUGGAAGAGGGAUUCAAAGAGAGAGGAACAGAAAGAGGAUACUACAAAGAAGCCACAGAUUGGUGUAAAUAUAUUUAACAAUGAUGGCAGCUUCUUUUCACAGUUCCAGAAAGUUGCUGGCCAGAAAGUGAAGAAACGUGAACAGGAAGAGAAAAGGGAUUCUGAAGAUGUUAAAGAACUAGAAUCUACAAUCACGAGCAGUGCUGCUUUGCAAGAUGAACAACAGAAACAGCAGCAACAGGCUGCUGAGCCAAAGCCCUUGAUGCAACAGAACAGCAAUGAGCAGCAACAGUAUCAGGCUCCACAGCAACACCAGUCUCGGUUUGAUCAGCAACAACUUCCCCAUUCACAACAGCAAGUUCCUUUACAACAGGGGCAUCCAGGUCUGCCGCAGCAGCAGCAACAAGUGAUUGGGUUGCAACAACAGAGGCCAGAUUUACAGCAGCAACAACAUUUUGGUGUACAACAGCAACAUGUGGUGCAGCAACAGCGACCAGGUGAGCAACAGCAAAUGGUGCAGCACCACCAAGUAAGAAUGUCUCAACCUGGGAUGCAGCCACAACCU